AUGACGCUCGCGCUGGUCGUCUUUCGACUGCUUCUCUCGGCCAUGGUGGUUAUGGCUGCCUCAAUACCGAAUGUAGGGAAGAGGUAUAUCAGUGAUGUUUUGUCAGAGGGAUACCGAAAUCUCUUUGACGAUAGUAUGAAGAUCCUCGAUAAUAACUUCGCCCUGCCAUUCUUGUGGAAGAGCCCGAAGCUUUCUUCUUGGUAUGCAGUCGGUCUACUAGCCCGCAACGAGGGGGACGAUGUCGAGAUAGCCAACAAAUUGAUCCACAACAUCGUCACGAAGCAAUAUACAGACCCGUCCUUCGUAGCUUAUGGCACAUUCCUGGGGGACUAUCAUGGCCCAUACGCGGAUGGAGAAAGUCUUUGGGAGCCCAAGAUAUACGGCUCGUAUGACCCCAACAACGCCCUCUUCGUGACCAUCGCCGGCAUCAUCAUCGACCACGACUUUGCUUCACUAUUGGAGCCUGAGGUGCUGGCCAACCUGAGGAAGGCUAUGUAUAUGGCGGUGGUAGGGGAUGGGUACAGGGUUGGAGGCGAGAGUGGGGAUAAUCUGUACCCGGGCUAUAGCAAUCCCUGGUACAUGAGAUGUGUCUCGGCAGCAUAUUUAGGCCAUAUGUACGAUGACGCCAACAUGACAUACUGGGCUGAGAAUUGGGCCCAGGAAGCCGUCGACCUCUUCAACCAGUACAACACACUCGCAGAGUUCAACAGUGCCACUUACGAAGGGGUCACCCUAUUUGCCUUGUCACUAGCCCAGUAUGCGCCCGACAACAGCACAAUAUACAAAGAAGCGCCUAGAUUGCUAGAGGCUAUCUGGGAUCAGAUAAGCGAGACGUACAACCCCUCUCUCAAUACAUUGUCGGGGCCGUGGGAUCGGACUUACGGCUUUGAUAUGACACAGUACUAUAGCGUGUUGGGGUCUGCCAUCACAGGUAUCACAGGGAAGCAAAAGUCUGAUCCCAUGCCUAAUCCCCUGGACGGCGCAAAUCACUACACCGACAUGGCUAUGAUGCCCAUGCAAGCCUACACUUCUCCUUAUAUCAUGUCCCACAUAUCCUCCAGCGCCAAGUCCCGCUUCUCCUCUCUUUACGCCCCUCACUCUUACACUGCUCAAUCCAUCUCGCCUCCUUGGGACAAAAGGGCCAGGAAUUAUACUUUCUGGCUCGAAAAAGGGCUGUCAGUCGGAGGGAUGACGUUCGACGAGAAGGAAGUGGGCGGGCCUUCUCUCAACCAGCCCAGUUUUAGUCCGGGUGUGAUCAUGUGGGAUGCCGGUAAGACUGGAACUGGAGCUGGUUGGAUUUCUUACUAUCCAACGAACCCGGCUUGCGAGAUCCUCGCUUCCUCCACCAACCUUACCAUCCGUUAUCCUCCCACUCAAGAUUGGCCUAACGGUACUACUUCUAGCUCUAUUCAACUCUUAAUCGCUGACCCGAGAAUAAAUGAGGCUCUGAGCAAUAUCCUCGAAGGAAGCGAUGAGAAAGACAUCGGAUUUGGGAAGGAAGCAUCCGCCUAUAUCUCUGCCGUCUACCAACGUCCGUAG